AUGUUGGAAGAUUCUUAUGUCAAAAGGAAAGCGUAUAAAGAUCAUGGAGAUCAAAUAUACCAAUGCUCCAAGUGUAAUGCAUUGCUAUGGGAAGCAGAAAUGUUAAGGGGUAAUCCGAAUGGAAAGAAAACUGCGUUUAGCUUCUGUUGCAAAGGUGGUGAUGUCCAGCUACCACCAGUUUCCAAACCUCCACCUGUCUUACAAAAUUUGUUUUCAAGGAACAAUCCCAUGUCCAACAAUUUCAUGAAACAUAUACGAGCAUAUAACAUGAUGUUUUCAGUCACAUCUAUGGGAGGUAAGAUCAAUCAAGGGAAUUUAAAAGGCAAAGGACCCUAUGUCUUUAGAUUACAAGUACAAAAUUAUCACCGAAUGGGUAGUCUGCUACCUGCCCAAGGUGAUCAACCAAAAUUCUCGCAACUUUAUAUAUUUGAUUCAGAAAAUGAGGCGGAAAAUAAAGAAAAAGUUGUGAGUUCUGGCACUCAAAAGUCAAGAAUGAAAAAAAGUGAUCUCAAACGUGAUACCAUCAACAUAUUAAAGAUGUUGUUAGAUUCUUGCAACCCUCUUGUGAAAUCAUUUAGGAUGGUAAGAGAUUGUGUUAAAGAUAAUGAUUGGCAAGAUGUAAGUCUCAAACUUAUUGCCAACAGAGAUAAAGAUGGUCGACUUUACAAUUUGCCAACAACUUCAGAAGUAGCUGGAUUAAUAAUUGGAGACAUAGAUUCACUUGAACCUAGAGACAUUAUAUUGAGAAAACAGUCAGGUGGUCUUCAAAGAAUUAGUGAGUUGCAUCCUUCUUAUCUGGCUCUUCAAUAUCCACUCAUCUUUCCGUUUGCAGAAGAUGGUUUCCGUCUAGGUAUCAAACAUAGAGGCAUAACAGAAGAUUCAACCAAAAGGAGAACAAAACUGACAAUGAGGGAAUUCUUUUGUUACAGAAUGCAAGACAGACCGAAUGAGUUUUCACUGUUACUUCAUGCAGGGAAACUAACUGAUACCUUCCAAAAUUUGACAACGAAUAUCGAAAAUGGCACCAUUGAUGCAUCAGAGACUGGUAAGCGUAUAUUACUUCCUUCAUCGUUUACCGGUGGGAGCAGGUACAUGAUGCAAAAGUACUUAGAUGCAAUGGCUAUAUGCAAGUCAGUCGGAUAUCCAGAUUUGUUUAUUACUAUUACUUGCAACCCCAAUUGGCCAAAGAUUUAUCGCUGUUUGAAUGACAAAAAUCUUACCCCUGAAGAUAGGCCGGAUAUAAUAUCUAGAAUGUUCAAGAUUAUAUUGGAUGAAAUCAUAAACGAUUUCGUGGAAGAGGAAUUCUUUGGUCCGGUGCAAGCAGUUAUUUAUACAGUGGAGUUUCAAAAAAAAGGCCUACCUCAUGCUCAUAUUUGUUUGUUUUUGGCUCCCGCAAACAAGUUUCCACGUGCAACAGAUGUCGAUAAAUACAUUAGUGCCGAAAUACCAGACCCAAAAGAAGAUCCAGAGUUGUAUGAACUUGUCAAACAGUACAUGAUGCAUGGACCUUGUGGAGCUGAAAAUCCCAACUGUCCUUGUAUGGUUAAAGGAAAAUGUACAAAGAAUUUUCCCAAGAAAUGGAAGGAUGAAACGGCUGUCGAUUCUGAAGGUUACCCUGUAUAUAGACGUCGUAAUUCAGGAAUUACCAUAGAAAAAAAUGGUAUUCCUCUUGAUAACAGCAUGGUGGUACCUUAUAAUGCUACACUUCUCCGAAGAUACCAAUGUCACAUUAAUGUAGAAUGGAGCAACCAAUCAGGCUCAAUCAAGUAUUUGUUCAAAUAUAUAAACAAAGGACCCGAUAGAGUUACGGCAACUGUAUAUCAAACCAAUGUAGAUGGUACAACAACUCAGAACAACAAACCCACAGAUGAGGUGAAGAAUUACCUGGAUUGCAGGUACGUUUCCGCUUCUGAAGCAACUUGGCGAAUAUUCGGCUUUGAUAUUCAUUAUAGAUACCCACUUGUUGAAAUCUUGCCAUUUCACUGUGAAAAUGAACAGAGCAUAGUAUAUGAUGAUGAAGCCCAGUUAUGUGAUGUUGUUUCAAAUCCAACUGUCAAUCAUUCAAAGUUCCUUCAAUAG